AUGGUGAAGGAUACGCAAACCGUUAUUGAGGAGUUCAAUGAACUCGUCAAUAUGUCAGCUUCGGAUCUUGAAGCGUGGCUUAAAGAGGGCUCAUCGGAAUCAGCGGGGUGGAACAAGAGUGAUGGUUCGGGAGAGACGAUUGGGCAUGAGAGUGGACGUAAAAUAAUCGAUAUUCUGAAGAAAAAUUCGAAUAAAGACCCCGAUAAAUACGAUCAAGACGACGUUGAUCACAUGCGCCGAGUUGUCGCGUAUUGCAAGAGGCACCUUGCACAAGAGGAUAAGGCAAAGCAGGAUCCGGGAAGUAAGAGCGCAAGGAGUCUGAAGAACUGGGGACAUGAUCCCACGAAGGAGUGA